CAGUGUUUCAAGCUUACAGACAUUUUGAUCGAUAAUAUCGGUAACUGAUUGAUACAUUUCCUAGGUUGUUCCUCCUGAGGCAUCCUACCUUCAUGUUCAUGGACAAAGAUGCUAAUUCAGAAAUCCAACUCCCUCCUGGAUUUAGAUUCCACCCUUCUGAUGAGGAGCUAAUUGUUCACUAUCUGAGAAACAAAGUGACAUCAUCACCCCUUCCUGCUUCAUUCAUAGCAGAAAUAGAUCUUUACAAGUAUAAUCCAUGGGAGCUCCCAAGCAAAGCUUUGUUUGGGGAGGAUGAGUGGUAUUUCUUUACUCCUAGAGACAGGAAGUAUCCCAAUGGAGUGAGGCCUAAUAGAGCAGCUGCUUCUGGUUAUUGGAAAGCUACUGGGACUGACAAACCCAUUUUCACUUCCUGUGGGAUGAAGAGCAUUGCUGUGAAGAAGGCACUCGUGUUCUACAAGGGUCGUCCACCAAAGGGAUCGAAAACCGACUGGAUCAUGCAUGAGUAUAGAUUGCAUGAUUCCACGAUCUCCAAUUCAAAGCAAGGAGGGACCAUGAGACUGGAUGAGUGGGUGCUGUGCCGGGUUCGACAAAAGACUAUCAGCCCAAGAAGCCUUUGGGAAGACUCAAAUGAACCCAUUUAUGAACCAACAAGCUACUUUCAACAAAUGAGCGAGAAAUCAAAUCCUGAACCAGUCAAAAACUCUCUGCAUAGUGAAUAUCCAAUGUUGCCUUAUAUUCUGGCUUCUAAGAGUGCUCUGCCUAAUUCUAUUGACAUGGCCUCAAGCUCGAGCUUUGGCUGUAAUGAUGAUGUGAAAGCAUAUGCUUCAUUGCAUGAUGGCAACUUAAAUAAUAUAAUAAUAGGAGCACAGUUCAUAGCACCUGUAGCUGAGGACUUGUUUAAUCCUCUGAAGAGAAGAAACAUUGAAGAGAACGAGUUGGACUUGUAUGCUCCCCUCAAUAAAAAACUAAACGAAGAAGUUGAUGUUGGGAAGCAAAUACUUGAGAAAGAUGUCAACAAAGGCUACAAUUUCAAUAACUUUGACCAGUGGACUUCCAUCAUACAACCCCAAGAGUUUAAUAGCUUGGCCUUUACGAAAUAUGCAUGAAUAGUUUAGGUUCAUAUGUACAUGCUUGUUUGUGUGAAUACGUAGAACCUGUGGAGCUCUUUCUGCAUGGGAUGGAGAUACAGUGAAUUCUAUAUAUGUAAAUAAGAAAGAAUGCAGUUAGUUUUAGUUCGUGCAGUGUGUGAUUAUUCUUUUCAGUAAGCAGAAAUAAUGUAUAAAGGUGAAAUGGUAAGGCAUUUGCUAUACUUAGUUAUAGGAUAUUAUUUUAUUUCAGCUGUGUAUAGGUGAUGGAUGUAUGGGAGGUAGAAUAAAGUGCCAUCAUAGUGCAACUGAGUUGGUGAUUGUAUUAUGAUUUGAGAUUAAUUUAUGGAAUGAAGUAUUUCUUGCAAA